AAUUGUCUUGGUGAAGAAAAUCGCACAGUUUCCCACUUCUCGGUAAAACCAAAACAGGGCAAGGCAGCUGAAGACCUUCCAAGUUCUGUUGCUUCUCACAAACCAAAGCAACUUCCUUAAACCCACACCACCUAAGAAUUAAAAUAAAGAAGAAGAAGAAGAAGAAGCUGUGCUACUUCUUUGAUCUUACAUUCUACACACGAGGUGGAUUAUGGUUGUUGAAGGUCGGCCAACAGUCAGUAAGUGGUUUCUUUAAAAUGAAUCAAAAAAUUGGAGCUCUAUGCCAGGUGGAAACAAGGAGAUUGAUAUGGAUUCCAGGAUUUUUGUUUGCUGCUUUUAUAGUUUUCCAGUACUUCGAACAUCCAUAUGGUACUGCUCUAACCUCCUUGUUUUCAACUGAAAAGCUUCCGGUAUUGGGAAAAAAUAGUAGUAGUCUGCAAAAUGGAGAUUCACCAUCUAAUUCUGAGUUUGAUGGUAAUAUGUCAAUUCCCAAUUAUUCAAAUCACACUGGUACAGAUGCAAUUAUGGAGAUAGCUAAUGGUACUAGGACGUCUAAUUUUGUUUCGCAAGGAAUAGGCGUUUCGAACAGUUCUUUAGGAUUAGAUGUGGGUGAUAAUAACGAUUCUGAGGAGUCCUCAACUGUGAAUUUGGAAAAUCAGAACAAAACUUCAAUACCCGAUUCUGUCAAAAAUGUAGAUAAUAGAUUUUCACUAGGAGAGGGCGGUGAACCCGAACAGGACACUAAUAGAGAUAUCAAUAGCACAUAUAAUAAUUCUUCAAUGGGUGAAAUUGGGAAGGAAGGUAAUGUGGUGGUUUCUGAACAUGUUGGAAACUCAGCUUCUGAUUUAGCGCCUCCUCCAUCUGUGAUACCACCCCCUGUCAAUUCAUCAGAACACACUCCACCAAUAGGUGCGGAUACGAGUAUAAUAUCUCCCACUGUCUCUGGCAAUUCCAACACAUCUUUGGUGGAAAAAGACAGAACAACCACUUUGGAAGAAGAUGAAGAGUCCGAGCGGUUGCCUAAUGUCCUCAACCAAACAAAAAAUGCUUCAUCCCUGGACAUAGUCCCUGAGGUGAAAAAACAGCCUGAGGUUCCUACCUUGGCAGUGUAUCCAAUAUCUGAGAUGAAUAAAUUGUUGCUUCAGAGCCGGGCUUCCUACUUUUCGGUGAUACCAAAGUGGUCUUCACCAGUAGACCACGAACUCAAAUAUGCAGCAUCACAGAUUGAGAAUGCACCUGUUGUAAAAGAUGAUCCGAAUCUUUAUGCUCCUCUUUAUCGAAAUGUUUCCGAGUUCAAAAGGAGCUAUGAGUUGAUGGAAAAUAUGCUUAAAGUUUACAUUUACAGGGAAGGAGAGAGACCUAUAUUACACACACCAGUACUCAAGGGAAUAUAUGCUUCUGAGGGAUGGUUUAUGAAGCAGCUUGAAGCUAACAAAAAAUUUGUUACUAAAAGACCUAAGAAAGCCCACUUGUUUUACUUGCCCUUUAGCUCUCGAAUGUUAGAAGAAACCUUAUAUGUCCCGAAUUCACACAGUCAUAAGAAUCUCAUAGAAUAUUUGAAGAACUACUUGGACUUGGUUGCUGCAAAAUAUCCUUUCUGGAACAGGACUGGAGGAGCAGAUCAUUUUCUUGUUGCUUGCCAUGACUGGGCCCCUGCAGAGACAAGAAAUUAUAUGGCCAAGUGCAUUCGAGCUCUUUGCAAUUCUGACAUCAAAGAAGGUUUUGUUUUUGGCAAGGAUAUUUCUCUUCCUGAAACUUAUAUUCGCUUGGCUCAGAAUCCUGUCAGAGAUGUUGGAGGCAAACCUCCUUCUAAGAGAUCAACACUCGCAUUCUUUGCGGGGAGCAUGCAUGGUUAUCUUAGGCCUAUUCUAUUACAGCACUGGGAAAACAAAGAUCCUGACAUUAAAGUCUUUGGUAGAUUACCUAAGAGCAAGAACAAUAGGAACUAUGUUCAAUACAUGAAGAGAAGCAAAUACUGUAUAUGUGCAAAAGGCUACGAAGUGAACAGCCCUCGAGUAGUGGAGGCCAUUUUCUAUGAAUGUGUUCCGGUCAUCAUAUCUGACAAUUUCGUGCCUCCGUUUUUUGAUAUUCUGAAUUGGGAAUCUUUUGCAGUAUUUGUAAUGGAAAAAGAUAUUCCAAAUCUGAAGAAUAUACUUCUUUCAAUCCCGGAGAAGAGAUAUAGGUCGAUGCAGUUGAGGGUGAAAAGAGUACAACAGCAUUUUCUGUGGCAUUCUAGGCCUGUGAAGUAUGAUAUUUUUCACAUGAUACUCCACUCUGCUUGGUACCAUAGAAUUCAUCGAAUAAGUCCCAUAUAGCCGACUUCAAAUCUUGAAUUGUCUUCUUGGUGUCGGAUUUGAAAAAGUCUUUGUGGAUAUGAAAUGGUACGGUUGGUCAGUACAGAGUUUUGGAACGUGAAUAGAUAUCAAAUUUUUUCUUGUACAUAUAAGUGGCAGAACAGAGUGUAAGUGAUUUUGUCUAAUUUUUUGCUGUGUCUUUUUCAAUAAACUUUUUAGCUUAAUAGAUUAAGUAGUACAACAUGAGAAUCAUAAAACAGAUGAAAGAAAGCUGUUAGUUACCAUGAUGUACAUGACAGUAGCUUCACCAUUGAAAAAUUGGAAACUUAUUCAAUGAUUGUGGUAUUUUUUUUAAAUUGAUUA